AUGUUGCUGAGAAGCUCAUCUACUCCAGUUCUUGGAUCCCUUCUCUCAUCCUUUUCAGAAAGUCCUAGCAAUAAUCACUACCAAUCUGAAGUGCCUAAAGACACACCAACUUCCAUUCAUCAAAAACUCUCUUGUGGAUCUAAACAUCACCCUAAAUCUUUGAGGCAUUCGUCUCCCUCGACCACCAGCCAAUGUUCCCCGAGCGGAUUUCGAAGAGUUCAAUCCGACGGAAACUUGGAAGAAUUGCCUAAUGUCUCGUAUAAUGUUGAAGAGUUUAGUUUCUCCAACGGAUCCAAGAAAUUUGCGUGCAAACGUAAUUGUUUUGGGUUGGAGCCAAUCUUGUCUUUCUCGACUCACAACUUGGGAACUUGUCAAGAAGACGAAGACAGUGACGAGGAAGAAGACGAAGGGGAAGUAGAAAGUAAUGAGGAAAACCAAAUCAAGGUGCAUCGCAUGCAUUUGAAAGAAGAGAUGACAAGUGUGAAUGAAUAUGAUACUUUGAGGUUUGAAACGGAGAGGAAAAUGUAUCUUGCAACAGGGCUUGGGGCGGCUGAUAUUAGUUAUUUAGAUGGGGAUGGACCCAUUGGAGGAGGAAAUGGCGGCAAUGGUGGUGGUGGGAACUAUAGUCCGGUACCCUUUGAUAGGGAUGGUGCCGACAGCCGUGGUGGACUCGGUAUGGCAGAGCACUACAAGAGAAUGCUGGGGGAAAGUCCAAACAAUCCUUUGUUUUUGAGAAACUAUGCUCAGUUCUUGUACCAAACAAAGGGAGACCUUGAAGGAGCGGAGGAGUAUUAUUCCAGGGCUAUUUUGGCUGAUCCAGAAGAUGGUGAAAUUCUCUCACAAUAUGCUAAAUUGGUGUGGGAACUACACCGUGAUGAAGAUAGAGCGACAAGCUAUUUUGAACGAGCAGUACAAGCAUCUUCUCAUGACAGCCACAUUCAAGCAGCAUACGCCAGUUUCCUCUGGGAAAUAGAAGAUCAAGAUCAAGAUGAGGCAUCCGAGGAACCCCGUAUUGGGUCACCAUCCUUCCACAGCCCAGCCAUGGCUUCUGCAACUGCUUAG